AUGAUUAAAUAUGAUCUCCGAGUAGGAAAAAUGAAUGAAAAAACUUCCCUCAUCAGAAGUUCGGAGAAGAGAGUGGCUCGUUAUGGCUCAAGACAAUCAGACUUUUUAAAAUACAAAGGACAUGUAGUACAAACUGACGAAACACUUAGAUCAAUCUCUGUCAGGUAUGAUGUUCCAAUUUCCCUUCUAAAAAUGGUGAACAAAUUAAUGGAGACUCCAGUCCUACCAGGAAUGACGCUAAAAAUUCCAAUUGAGAACUUGAGUGAGACUAUUCAUAAAGACGUUAUUGAUCUUAACCCCUGUUCUCUUGAAACCAAGGAUAGUGUGAAUGUAAAUAACGAGGAUACAGAACAAUACUGGAGUCAGCUGGAUAAUAGAAUAAAGGAGAGCAUGGUAAAGGCGCAAGCCGCGCUCCAGAGCAGUGAGCACGUGGUACAGAGUCAUGAAGGUCUGCCAUACUUCUGGAAACCUCCUGAUAUGAGUUUUAGCGCACUGGCAGCGGACAUUAUUGUUAACUUUGAAUUGUAAAAAGAAGUCCCUAAAAACAUUAACUGCAUAUGAAUUUUUUUUUUUAAUUCAAAAAUCAGGAUAAAGUUCUUAAAGCAUGUUCUUCCCUAUAUUAACGGAUUUCCAUACUUUACUACUUUAUAUGCUUCUUAAAACUGGAUGUCACCUUUCUGCAGUCAACCUUUUCUAUCAAGGACAAUUUUAAAAGUUUUAAAUUUAAAACUGUUCCAUUGUUGUAACAAACAAUGCAAGUUUGAGUGUAAGAUAAAAUAUUCUAUCAAUAUAAAACAAGAAUCUUAAAAGCGUUUGCCUAUUAAACAAUUUAAUAAAUUUUCUGUUAUUUUCUUUUUUACGUUUUUUUGUGUUUAAUGAAAUACAAUUAUUCAUAAAUUUUAUUAACUUUAUUUUGUCAACUUUUUAAAACAAAGAUUUAAAAGAGUUUAUAAAUAACAAUUGUCACCUCAAAGCAACCUAAUAUACAUAUAUAUAUCUUUGUAAUUUGUCUUUGUAAUUUCAAGUGACCCUCCGAUUAAAGUGGGCCUUUGCAAACUCACAAUUGUACCAUUUAAACCAGACAAUGAGACAAUAAAUAAGACAUCUAUUUUUAAAAA